CCCUUUUUUUUCUUCUUCUCUCCACAUCCCCUUUUUUUUCUUUCCUCCUUUCCUUCUUCCUCCAUCUUUCGUUCGUAGAUUUUUCUUGCUGACAUUAUCUAUCCUGGCAAUCUGGACAGCUUAAUUUCCCGCCUCUCGAAAUAAUGGCGUCCCCCAACACUGAAGGGGAUCAUCAUCUCCCUGAAAAAGACCUUCCCUCUGCCACCUCCGACCCUGAAGCUCAUCAGGACUCCCCUGUCUCGGGCAAGCCAUGGAUGUACAAACCUAUCAAACUCGGCCCUUUCACUCUCCCCUGGUUCGCGUCCCCGGAGAUGCAGCUCAUCCUGGUGUCUUUCGUCUGCUUCCUCUGCCCCGGAAUGUUCAAUGCCGUCUCCGGUCUUGGUGGCGGUGGUCAACUCACCCAAACCGAUGUCAGUAAAGCCAAUACCGCGCUGUACAGUACCUUCGCCGUCGUGGGGUUCUUUGCCGGCUCCAUUGCCAAUCGCAUUGGUCUCCAAUUGACUCUCUCCUUCGGUGGCUUCGGCUACUUCCUCUAUGUCGCUUCUCUUCUCUCCUACAACCACACCAUGAACUCUGGCUUCCUUAUCUUCGCCGGUGCUUUGCUCGGGGUUUGCGCCGGUCUAUUGUGGUGCGCCCAGGGCGCGGUUAUGAUGAGCUACCCCAAGGAGAACGAAAAGGGCAAGUUUAUCUCCAUCUUCUGGGUGAUUUUCAACCUGGGUGGUGUGCUUGGAGGUUUGAUCCCCUUGGGCCAAAACAUGCACUCCACAGCCGGUCGUGUCAACGACGGAACCUAUAUCGCCUUCAUGGUUCUCAUGGCCGCCGGCUUCGUCCUUGCCUGGUGCCUGAUCGAUUCCAAGUACGUUGUGCGCAAGGAUGGUACUCGUGUCAUCGCCAUGAAGAACCCCACCUGGAAGUCCGAGUUUAUUGGUCUCUGGGAAACCCUCUUCACCGACUGGUACAUUGUUGCCUUCUUCCCCAUGUUCCUGGCCAGUAAUUGGUUCUACGGCUACCACUUCAACGCCGUCAACGGCUCCUACUUCUCCAUCCGGACCCGUGCCCUCAACAGUAUCCUGUACUGGACCAUGCAAAUGGUAGGCGCCUUCCUCUUCGGUAUCACCCUGGAUCUCAAGUGCCUUUCGCGUCCCACUCGCGCCAAGCUCAACUGGGCUCUCCUUCUAGCCCUUACUAUGGGUAUCUGGGGAGGUGGAUACGCAUUCCAGAAGACCUACACUCGCGAGACGGCCGACGGUGAGAAGGACUGGACCGAAAGCGGUUACAUUGGGCCCAUGUUCAUGUAUAUGUUCUAUGGCUUCUACGAUGCGGCAUUCCAAACCUGCGCAUACUGGUGGAUGGGUUCGCUUUCCAACAACGGCCGGAAGCUCGCCAACUUUGCUGGUUUCUACAAGGGGAUUCAGUCUGCUGGUCAGGCAGGAAUGUGGGCCCUUGACUACAACAAGAAGCCCUACAUGACCAUGCUUGCCUCGUGCUGGGGCCUGCUUGCGGGCAGUCUUCUGAUUGCUUCUCCAGUCGUCUUCUUCAAGAUCCAGGACCACACCGCUAUUGAGGAGGAUCUGAGGUUCUCCGACGAGACCGUCCAGGAGGUCACCGGCGUCGCUGUUACCGGGCAGGACUCCACCUCGGAGACUGAAAAGCGCUAAGAUACCCGGUCUACGGACUUUAAUGUUACGGUGAUGGAAUCCAUGAAUUGACAUGAUAUUUUGGACGGGCGGUGAAUUCGGUAUUGACUUGCUUACAUAUGCGCUGUAGGGGACUGGCAUAGCUUACCAGUCAGAAGAUUCUUACAUAAUAAUAUAAUCCUUCAGCGAGCAUAUUCUAUUCUAUUCAGGUGCAAAAGAAAACACCUACUACUACUACUGUUCACCUCUCAUGCUCGGAUUGGUCUUUUUCAGGGUCCAUAGCUUCUAGACCCAUGUACUAGUUAGUACUAGUUAGUAUGUACCACAGUAAGAAAAGACAAAGCCACCCACCCAGCCUUGCUUAUCUCAAUUCAACAACAACAACAACAACCAUGCCAUCAAAGGAACCAGAAUCCGAAUCCGAAUCCGAAUCUCAUAGACAAGUGAGUGACAUGUGUGAA